AUGCUGCAGGAGGAAUUAAAACCAGGAGACAUUAUUGAGAUAUUCCGUUCUUCUUGCCAACAUUGGGCCCUCUAUGUAGGGGAACAGCAAGUAGUCCAUCUGGUAACUGAAUGCGAACAUUUUGCUGAUGGGUCUCCCAACCCCUUGGUGAUCUUAUCCGAGAGAGUGUGCGUCAAGAAGGAUUGGCUGGAAGACGUGGUCCGGAAGGACAGGUACCGAGUGAACAAUAAACAUGAUGAGACACACCCACCGCUUCCCCUCUCCAAGAUCCUGUGGCAGACGGAGGAAUUGGUCGGAAAGGAGAUGCCGUACAGCCGGAGCAGCCAAAACUGUGAAAAUUUUGUUAUGGAGCUACGUUAUGGACCGGAAAUGAGUGAACAGGUCACGGAAGCCAUAGCUGUGGGAACAAUUGGCAUGAUGGGUGUGGCAGCCGCCAUGAUCCGAUCCGCGGCCAAAUGGCGCAAGCACUACAACGAAUAG